AUGACCCCCGCCGUGUCCAGGCCCCCCGAUGACAAUGAGGCCCACCCAUACGUUAUCACCAAUGAGAUAGGAAAGGGCAGUUUUGCCACAGUAUAUCGCGGUUAUCAUGGUGAAUCUCGAAGGGCGGUGGCAAUCAAGACCAUCUCGCGCUCGAUCCUCACCACCAAGCUGCUCGAUAACCUUGAAUCGGAGAUAAACAUUCUCAAAUCACUCAAGAACAAACAUAUAACUGAACUUACUGAUAUCGUUAAAGCACAGAGGAAUAUAUACCUCAUAAUGGAGUUUUGCUCUGGAGGCGACUUGUCUUCCUAUAUCAAGCACCGUGGGCGCAUUGCUGCUCUUCAUACCCCGACAUCACCCGCACCCGCCUUCCUGCCCCACCCCAAGGUCGGUGGCCUCUCCGACUCGGUCGUUCGUUCCUUCAUUGGUCAGCUGUCCUCAGCUAUGAAAUUCCUCCGAGCACGGGACCUUAUCCAUCGAGACGUCAAACCCCAGAACCUGCUCUUAUCGCCCGCCGACAGCGUUGAUGAAUAUGCCUGUGUUGGCAAGGGUGGUUGGAUACCUGGUCCUGUUGGAACACCAAUAUUGAAAGUCGCCGAUUUCGGUUUCGCCAGGAUACUGCCCAAUGCGAGCAUGGCAGAGACAUUAUGUGGGAGUCCAUUAUACAUGGCUCCUGAGAUAUUGCGAUAUGAGAAAUACGACGCCAAGGCUGAUCUGUGGUCCGUCGGUGCAGUCGUGUACGAAGCUGCUGUCGGUCGACCCCCGUUCCGAGCGCAGAACCAUAUUGAAUUGUUGAAGAAAAUCGACCAUGCCCGGAGCCGGGUCCAUUUUCCCGACGAAGACCCCAAGAACGCAGACGCCAUUGCUCGAGGGGACCUUGUACCCGUCAGCCCAGCCGUCAAGUUGCUCAUCCGAUCAUUACUAAAGCGUAAAUCCGUCGAGCGCAAAUCAUUCGAGGACUUUUUCGUCAUGGCCGAAGAGGUCGUCAAACCCGUUAUGGAGCCUGAGCGAGACGUUGGGUCUGAGCUUGCGGACGCAAUGAAGGACGCGACAAUUGACGGGGGUAUGGGUGCGCCAGGGGCAGGAACAGGGACAGGAAGCACAAAUGGGAGUUUGAAGAUUGAGCUUCGAGCAUCCCGUCGGGCUCCUCAACCACCUCCGAAGUCAGCAGUCGAGAAACCCACCGAGCCUGUUGAACGACCGACGAGCCCAACCAGCGACGGUGGAGAGAAGCCCAAACGCCGAAAGCCCAGGGGUGAGAUCGAGGCCGGCCCAGGAGGAGGUCCGGAGAUUGACGUCAAGGCUGUUAUGCCCCAGAGCACAUUCAAAUUUCGGAGGGCCGUUAGGCCGGAGGAUGCGAAAGUGGUGGAGAGGAUUGAUGGACCACCGCUUGGGAGGGAGGAAACACUGAUCGAGUUUCCUGGUCCUCGACCGAAGCCUCUGUCCGCGGUUAAUGGCAAACUCAAGAAGACAGGUUCGAAUCAAUCGCUACGAUCACCCGUGGCUGCACCCGUACCCGAGGGCGAGGAGGAGGGAGAUAAUGAUGGUGAUAUGAGGAAGGAGUAUGUUCUGGUUGACGAGACGAACGCUGUGGAAUUCAACCGGGUCGUUGAUGAACUCGACCACGCACGUCUUGCUCGACCGACCAUCCGAACCACUAAAUCCACCCCUCCGACAAGUGCAACUAUCGCCCCCAUCGAUGUCCCCGCCUCGGCCUCCCCUACCCGUGCAAGCGGUCUCCACCAACCUUCGCCCGCAUCCACACCCGCUAGCGCACUGGCCCGUGCACUCAACCUCGCAAGCAAGAAACUGUUUGGCACCAGCGCAAGCUCACACCACUCUGGUUCGAGCGCCGGACCAGUGGAGGGUUCUCCCGCAGGUCAACGACGCCAGAUCCUUCUCCCACCUACCACCGAACCUGAUCCAGAAGAAGAACACCUCCUGGGAACACUUGAAGACUUGGCUCAAAAGGCCGAGACGAUCGCCGCGUGGGCGGAUAGCAAGUACACCCUCGUCGAUGCUCGUCCGAGCAAACCGAUCGCUGACCCAGCUCGAUUUGCGCGUGCGGUCGGUGAGACUGCCAAGGGCGCCGAGACGAGGCGAAAGCACGAGGUCGAAGUUGAGAUGGCGGCUGUGACUGCAAUUGGGUUGUACAUGGCCGUGAUGAGCUUCGCGACGGGUGCAAUUGUGAUUGCGAGGAGGUUCUUGGACGGGAGAGAGGGUGCGGAGGUCAGUGCCGGUUUCGAUGAGGCACAAAAAUGGUUUAGGGAUGCGUUCCACCGUUCGACUGAACGAGUAAGUAUCCUGAAGCAUUGGCUGCCUCGAGACCAUGUCAUGCCACAAAUGUGGAUUGAUCGUGUGAUUUACGAUCAUGCACUGACUUUGAUGCGAGGAGCUGCGUCUCGCGAGUUGCUUGAAGAUUAUUCUACUUGCGAACGGGAUUACGAAGAUGCAUUAUGGUUGCUGUAUGCGAUAUACGAUGAUAUCAUGCAAGAAGGCAAUCCAUACAAGGAUCAAGACCGAGUGACAAUCGGACGAUUCAUCAAAUCUACCAAAGACCGAUUGGUUCGUGUACAGAAACGUAUCGAACGACAGAAGGCGCAGCAACAACAAGUUGCAGCGCAAUCAUAG